GAUAUAGUGAAUUCCGGGUCCUGGGAGAGCGGAUAUAGUGAAUGCGGGGUCGGGGGAGAGCAGAUAUAGUGAAUGCGGGGUCCAGGGAGAGCGGAUAUAGUGAAUGCAGGGUCCCGGGGAGAGCGGAUAUAGUGAAUGUGAGGUCCGGGGAGAGAGGAUAUAGUGAAUGCGGGGUCCGGGGAGAGUGGAUAUAGUGAAUGCGGGGUCCGGGGAGAGCGGAUAUAGUGAAUGCAGGGUCCGGGGAGAGCGGAUAUAGUGAAUGCGGGGUCCUGGGAGAGCGGAUAUAGUGAAUGCGGGGUCCGGGGAGAGCGGAUAUAGUGAAUGCGGGGUCCGGGGAGA